AUGUAUAAGGCUAUGCUGAAUACCGAGACCGCAUCCACCAAACUCAAACCUUCGGAUAGCGCCCCUACCGCUCCCACCGAUCAGCCGAGCAGACCGGAAAUUUCAUCGAUAAAAUUCACUGCUACUGCAUUACCUCAGGGUACGCCUCCAGGUAAUCCGAUAGCGACAUCUGGUGGUCCAGUACAACCAAUACCAGGAGAACCUAUGCGACCUCCAGGCGGACUACCUGCGUUACCCGCAAAUCUUCCAGCUACUACGACGGUCCUUAGUCCGGGCGGACUGCAGACCAUGUCUCUACCAGGCCUUGGUGCUGUUGUAGUUGAGCCGUCUCACUCGGGUAUUAUGAUAAGCGGUGCUGCAAGUAUGAUCGUUCCUGGACAGCAAACCACCAUCAACGAUGUUGCAAUCUCGUUCGACACCUCCGCUUCGUUCGUUGUUAUAGGUGGUACUGCGACUUUCGGGCUUCCCCCACCGACACCGGCAACUCGACCAGCACCUGUGGUGAUCGGUGGAACGACCGUCAACAUUGGUGAGGUCGCCACGCGACUCCGCCCAGGCGAAGUGACCACUAUAAACAACCUUCCCAUUUCCCGAGAUACGUCGGCUUCAUUCGUGGUCGUGGGCGGCACCCAGACGAUUCCGCUACCGGAAUCUACCCAAGAGUCUGGCCCAUCUGCAGUGAUCAUAGGCGGGAUGACUGUCAACAUCAGCGAGCUUGCUUCUGAACUCGAGCCUGGUGAAGUAACCACCAUUAACAACAUCCCCAUCUCAAGAGGCGGCUCAGGUUCUUUUGUGGUCAUUGAUGGCACCCGAACCAUUCCGCUACUGGAGACUACUCAGACACCCGGUCCAUCUUCAGUAGUCAUAGAUGGAACGACCGUCAAUGUCAGCGAGCUUGCGUCGGAACUGGAGCCAGGCGAGGUGACCGUCAUCGGCACUCUGACCAUCUCACGCGAUUCUUCUGCUUUAAUUGCUGGUACAACAACGAUAGCGAUCGGUGCAGCAGCAAGCAGCGUAGUCAUCAGUGGUACUACGAUUUCUCCGGGUGCUCUUCCGUCUGGGUUCUCUUUCAUUCCUGCGGCUGAUGGCGGAGGCUUGCUUUUGCCGAACGGGCAAACCCUGAUGCCUGGCGCCAUGACGACAGUUAGUGGUAUCGAGGUUUCACUUACUCCCGGAGAAACACCCGUGGUCGUAGUCGAGGGGUCGAUUUCCGUCACCGCAUCUGUUACCGCGGAUGGCAAGGACGGCAGCUCUAUCAGCAGCGGUAGCGACGGAUUUGGGCAGCCAACUAGUACUACCACAGGUGUACUAGCGGAUUUCACUGGUGGUGCGAUUGCGAGCGUACAUGGUGUUUGGGAUGCGCUGUGCACAUUGGCUAUGACAAGCUUGUUUUUCGAUCUGGUGCAACGUUUGUUUUGA